GAGAUGACAGAUGUGCGUGAAGACCUGGCCGCCCUUCGCCGGGAGGUGGCCUCCCUUCGCGAGGAGGUGGCCAAAGUCCAGGGGGAGAACGCCGCACCACACGGUGCGGUGGUCCUCCUGGAGCAAGCACUGGUUGAAGAGCGGACCACUCGCCAGACCGUGGUGGAGGAUCGCUACGGUUUGGCGUGUGGCGUGUUUCUACUCGGUUUGGUGUGUUUCUACUGCGUCCGCCGGCGAGCGGCGCCAUCCGGCCGUCCCCAGGGUAAAAUUUCAAAAGCGUGUCAUGACGUCACAGUACAGACGGAGCCGCAGCCACCGGCAGACAGUGAUACCACAGUGCUGAGAGAGGCGCUAAGGACCGUGACGACGUUCGACGCUCCGUCAGCCCUUGGCGAGGACCAGCUGACGGCGCUCCUGCAGAGUCUUCCCCGCUUGGAGGAGCUGACCGUCAGGGUCCCGUCCUUCGGAACGGGGCGGUGGCUGCGGCUGCUGCCGACGUCACUGAGGACGCUAUACGUUGCCGGGCCGGAGGUGACGAAGCCGAGGUGGCCGGGACGGUACGGGAGUGGUCUGUCGGUAUCUCUCCAGGGGGUGGCUGCCGACACCAUCAGUCACCUGGCCACGGAGCUGGGGUCACGGAUUACCCUACUAGUCACGGAUGCACAAAUUACUACUAUUCCAAGUCAACUUCGUGGUGCCAUCAUCAUGGUGGACCCAAACACUAUCAUCCUUCCGGCCGGAGUCGGUGACAGCGAGCUGACGGAGCUGCGGAGCUCACGGGAGACUGUGGAGCGGCUGUCAGUCACCGCCGCCGACCUCCCGCGACUGAGGGGGCAGCUGCCGAAGGGUCUCAGGUGCCUCAAUGUCAGAGGGCCGGAGGUGACGGAGCCGAGGUGGCCGGAACGGGACGAGGAUGAUGAUCUAUCAGUGUCGCUCCAGGGGGUGGCUGCCGACACCAUCAGUCACCUGGCUGACCUGGGACGGACGGUCACACGACUGGAGAUAUACGAUUUUACUGAUCACACGGCCGGCAGCCUGGAGCCCCUCACCAGUGCCUAA